AUGGUAAGAUAUACGUUUUUCUAUUCUGUUAUUUUUCUUCAUUUUAUAUCAUUUUAAAGAACCUUCUCGAAAAGGUUUUGGACUAUUUUGAGCUUCGAUGAUUCAGGGAAUCCGAAGUGACUACUUUAGAGAAUAGGAACCACUUUCCCCAGAGCUGUUCUCGGGGCGGCCCCGGUCGACCGAGGGCGCCCCGAUUUGCGGCGUGUUCGAGGGCGGCCGCGGUCGGCCUUUGGUAAGGGUCAACUCGGUCGACCCGUAGAUACAAUUUUUUGACUCCCGAUUUUUUGCGAAUUAUAAGAAAGCGAAAGAAGCGCAAGUUUUACUGAAAUGAAAGUGAAACAAAAAAACAUUUUUUUCGAGCACAUAAAGAAAAAAACCGAUGAAAUGAGAUAUUAAUCCGAAAAAUUCAAUAGUUUUCUAAGUGGCCAGAACAAUAUACAGAACUAGAGAAAAACAAAAUAAGAAAUAAGAAAUAAUUUGAAAUUUUCACAUCAUCAGGAAUUUCAUUUUUCGCAAAAAAAUUCAUUCAAACCACUAUUUGAAAUAUCAAUUUUUUAUUUACAACGAGAAAAAACGAAAAAGAUUCGAAAAAAAGUGAAAUCAAAAAAAGCCCGAUUUCUAUCAAAAAAACAAUAAAAUUAAACUUUUCAUGGAUCAUAAAUAACUUAAAAAUUCAUUUUCAAUAUGAAAAACCGAAAUAAAAACAAAAAAUACGGAAAAAAAAAUCCUCGCGCUCGCUUCGGGGGCCUGAAUGAAAACCGCUUCGCGGGCCGGGGCGCGUCGCGGUCGGGUCGGGGCGGCCUCGGCCAGGGUCGCCCCGACUUGAGAACAGCUCUGACUUUCCCCGCCUCCUCUGGCAACUGCAGGUCUAUAUUUAUAUUUUCAAGGUUCCACAGGUUGACGCAGAUUUUCAAAUCCAGAAGGGUCAUUUGAAGGUUCUCUUGUUGUAACAAAAAAACCAUUCCAAGGGAUCCUUUUAGAAACUGCUCAGCCUCUUUCUAUUGGAAAAAAAAGUCUUUUUAAUCAAAAUUUUGAAAACUCAAACUGUCACGAUUUAUUGGCUUUUUCAGCUGGUCACUUCAAAAUUAUUCAGGACACAUUUAUAGGGAAAUUCCGAACGUGGAAUGGAUGAAGGUUGGCGCGAUGAUUCAAGUUUAAGUUUUGGCGCCAAUCUUCAGCCCUUCCUAGUGCAGUUCGGCCACGAUUGUAUGAACAUUUCUGACGUACUCCUAUCAUUUAAUCUUCAAUUCAAAGCCUCUUAGCUGUCGCCUUAACACUACUGAUUGAUAACGGACAAUGCACUUGGAACAAACUUUAGUUUAGUUUUCGAAAAUUGAAAUUCCAUUUUGGACAUAAAAAUUACUAGCGAGCUCUAAAGUAACCCUCCGAGUGACUUCAUGGCUGAUUCAUUCCCAAUUUCAGCUUCCGAUCUGUACAACUACUUAGGUGACACUGUGAUAAGAAGGAAUUCUGCAAAAAUUAGCUGAUAAGAUGUGCACUUUCUGUGUUCAUCAUUAUUUACGACCAAUUGACCAUCGCUUUUUUCUUGAUUUUCCAAGUUGACAUCAUAAUUUUUGCAUUUUCUGAAAAAGAUGGAGCACACGAUUUUGUUGCUUCAACCGAUAGAAAAGCACGAUUCGCGGACUUGGACCGACUACAAUUGUGUCGACGAUUGCUUGGAAGGUUUGUAGUUUUUUCUUCUUUUUUGAAGGCCAUCUGAAAAGACUAAACUCAAUAAAUGUAUUUUAUCAUGCUGAUCUCAAAUAUGUACCCAGAUAAUGCCGGAAAGGUCUAUGAAAUAUUUUGUGUCUUUUAAAAUCGAAAAUUGAGCCUAUUUUUGCGUUGUAGCUGAAGCUGGCUUCGAAAAAUCAAGUAUCGGCUCGAAAAAGUCUUCGAAAUGAAUAAUCUUCCGAGACCACUGAAAGUCUAGUAUCUGAAAAAUUAUUUCAAUUGAAUAAUUCAGUAACUUUUUAUUGCUGACUUUCUGUACAGUUUCUUCGCAUAGCUAAAUAAAGGCAUUUGGUAGGCCUAGUUCUUUUCCAUUUCAAAAAAAUUUCUGCCUCGCACGCGAUGCUCCUUUAACUUUAAGAAUCAUUUCUUAUUCUUCUGUAGGUUUUUUGUCAUUAUUCAUUUCAUAAGGUAUGAAAAUGCUGUAACCCUGUUUUCAGGAGUCUGCAAAGUCUACGAAGAGUUCCUGAAAAAGACGAGUCCUGGCUCCCCGAGCAUCACCUACGAUAUCACUCAUCUUUUCACGUUUAUAGAUCGGUUAAACGAUCUUUCAGUACUUGUUUAUGAUACGGUUCGUAUUCAUGAAUAAAAUACAGUUUAGUUUGAAUUCAAAAACACUGUAAACACAGCUUUUUUUCGCGCUUCUAUUUCGAGAACCUUCAAAAACGCCGAAAUUUAUAUGAUUUUUGGCGGCAAAAAGGAAAAGCUAACGUUCAAAAUUUUGAGUUUUAAAAAGUUUAGAGGUUAACAAAAAUCUCCCUGAUUCAGGAAACAAGCCUAUACACGCCACACGACAAGAGUUGGAUCAAAGACCGAAUUUUCGAGUUCUUAAGGGGUCACGCAAGGGGCGACCAAAAUUCUGAUGAUGACGACGAGGAAGACGACGAAGACGUCCUAGAGGUCAUUGACGAAUUUUUCGUCGUAAAUAUUUGCUGA